GAUUAAUUCAUCAGCUCAUCAUCACAAAAUAAUAUUUGCUAGCUAGUUAAUACACCACCUAUCUUAACUAACUAGUAUACUAUAAUAACAUGGCUUCUUCUUCUUUAUUUAUGACCCUAUUGAGUUUGGGUCUCCUCAUGCUCGUCAUGGGGAAUGCCAAUGCUCAACUUUCAACUAAUUUUUACUCAAAAACUUGCCCAAAACUCUUGCCCACAGUCAAAUCCAAGGUGCACUCCGCUAUUUCCAAAGAGAGCCGAAUGGGUGCCUCUCUCCUCCGCUUGUUCUUCCACGAUUGCUUUGUCAAUGGAUGUGAUGGAUCAGUGCUUCUGGAUGACACAUCUAACUUCGUGGGUGAGAAAACUGCUAAUGCUAAUCGAAACUCAGCUCGAGGUUUCGAUGUCGUUGACGAUAUCAAGUCUGCCGUGGAGAGUGUGUGUCCUGGUGUCGUUUCAUGUGCUGACAUAUUGGCUAUUACUGCAAGAGACUCUGUUACCAUUCUUGGGGGUCCAAAUUGGGAUGUAAAAUUGGGAAGAAGGGAUGCCAGAACUACUAGCAAAGCUGCCGCAAACAAUGGUAUUCCUCAACCAAGCUCUAACUUAAACAGGCUCAGCUCUAGAUUCAGUGCUCUUGGCCUCUCCAACACUGACUUGGUUGCUCUAUCAGGAGCUCAUACAAUCGGACAAGCUAGAUGCACAUCGUUCAGGGCCCACAUAUACAACGAUAGCAACAUUGACAGUUCGUUUGCCCAAACAAGGAAAUCCAAGUGUCCUAAGUCGAGUGGGUCAGGAGAUAACAAUUUGGCACCACUUGAUAUCCAAAGCCCCACAGCUUUUGACAACGGUUACUUCAAAAACCUUAUCCAGAAGAAGGGACUACUCCACUCCGACCAAGAACUAUUCAACGGUGGAUCAACUGAUUCCACUGUCAAGUCUUACAGCAACGCCCAGAACACUUUCUUUUCUGACUUUGCCUCUGCCAUGGUCAAGAUGGGAGAUAUCAGCCCUCUCACUGGUUCCAAGGGAGAGAUUAGAAAGAAUUGCAGAAGAGCCAAUUAAUAAUUACAAAAUUAAUUGAUAUAUAUAUAUAUGAGCUUAUAAUUGAUGGCAUGUGUGCUCUAUAUUUUGUGUGUGUGUUUUUUUUUUUUUUUUUGCUUUAAACCCAAUAAACUAUAUUAAUUAUGAUGUUUUUUUUUUUGAAAAAAAGAACAUAUUUUCUUUCUUUCUGAAUUAUUAUUAAUUAUAUGUUUGUAGGUUCUGUAUUCACAAUUUCACAUAUGACACAUGACAUGUAGUGUGUGUAAUAUUGAUUUAUGAAGCUAUCAUCUUUUGUUAUA